AAAAGAUACGAGAGAGCUCUAGGACGGAACGAGCGAGGGAGCGAGCGAGAGAGGACAGAAGCGAAUAGCAGGCGAGGAGAGGAGGCGAGGGGAAGCAAGGAUGAGGGGCGGCGGUGGCGGGGUGAUGGACGACGGCGGGGUUGAGCACGCGCAGAUCCCGAACAGCUUCGGCCACGAGCUCCGCGCAUGCCUCCGCUGCCGCCUCGUCAAGACCUACGACCAGUUCAGGGAGAAUGGCUGCGAGAAUUGCCCCUUCCUGGACAUGGACAAAGAUCGCGACAAUGUUGUCAGCUGCACCACCGCCAACUUCACUGGAAUAAUAUCGCUGAUGGAUCCCAAUAGGAGUUGGGCUGCUCGUUGGUUGAGAAUUGGGAGGUUCAUUCCAGGGUGCUAUACUCUGGCUGUCUCAGAGGAACUUCCCGAGGAGUAUCAGGGGAUGUGCCAAGACAACAACGUGCAGUAUUUCCCUCCGAAGCGCCCCUGAGCAGGCUCGAAGUUGAUGCAGUCGUGAUCCUGGAGCCGUACUUUUACAUAUAGUUGCACCUGUAAUGUCUGCUGAUUAAACUGCCACCAGUGUUAUGCAUCCUGGAGCGAUUCGUUGAACGCUUCUGUACAACCUGGAGGCAUUUUAAGCUGAACUAGUUCAUCGCACAUUUCUACUUCGACGAGACAUUGCAAGCCAUGCUAGUUUAGUUUUAUGCAUGACAAGUGCUCAGGUUGCUGUUAUUAUGCACCGAAGCCUAUGCCAAAAGCUCCUAAAAUUAUUAUUAUUCUGAACAAA